AUGUCCGACAGCGCACGCCUGCGACGCCAGAUAGGAUUCUUCAAAAAACAAAUCCAGCGUUUCUGCUCUGACGUAGCUCAAGCCUUGAAAGACUACAACGUCUCCCUUUCUGCUCCACAAUUUGAAGCCUUAAGCGACGACGAACUUGAAACCUUUCGGCUAGAGGUUACCAGUCUUCGUUCCAGUCUGCUAAAAUCCUACACAAGAAUCACCAAACUCGACGAAGAAUGGACGACAUUGCAAAAAUCGAACUCCGACGAGCAAAAGGUAUUUAACGAGUAUCUUGGGAAGUACGGUGACUACCGCUUAAUCAUCGUUGAUGCUGUCAAAAAUCUGGAAGAUUUGGAUUCUCUUUUGAAUACCGUUGAUCAAGAAUAUGCAAAGCGCCAUUUAGCACUCUCCUCGGUUUCUUCCGAGUCUAACACACCUGAUGAAGAGAGUGGUUGGAAUAGAGAGAAUAGGCCUUUGCUCCAGAAUAGUUCACAGACCCCUAUCAUCCCUCGAACCGAUCCUUCGCUCAUGAAUUUUGUUGAUGCCUCAAUACUCAGUAAACUAGAGCUCCCUACCUUUGAUGGAAAUCUGCUUGACUAUCCUGAAUUUUCGUCAAGGUUUGCGACCUUAGUAGGCAACAAAUUACAACUCGAUGACACAACAAAAUUUUCACUCCUCAAAUCUUGCUUGCAUGGAAAGGCUUUACAUGCCAUACAAGGUUUGUCGAUGACCCCUGGAAACUAUAGAAUUGCCAUGGAUAUCUUACGGACUCAAUUCGACGACAAGGUCACUCUGAAACACAUCCUGUAUACAAAACUUGCCUCGUUACCAGCUUGUGACCCCGAAGGACGUCAUCUCCUCUCUCUGUAUAACCAAAUGUUUUCUCUCGUACGACAAUUCUCAAAUGGAACUGAUGAUUCAAAGGAAAAGGCUCUGGGCGCCCUUCUUCUCAACAAACUUCCACCGCGCGUGAGGAGCCAGAUCUACGACCAAACCCAACAUGAUCACAAUGUUUCCCCAAUGGAAUUGCUUCAUCUACUUACCAACAUCGUACGCAAAGAAUCUACCCUUUCCGAAAUGGAACUCUAUUCGAAAUUGUCCUUCUCUAAUCCACUUCGCUAUCCUCAUCAAGGAACCUACAUUACCAAGAAGCAACCACGGUCUCAUUCACCAAAAUCCGUCAAAUUUCGCCAAGGUUGUCCCUUUUGCGACUCACAACUCCAUUCUGCCGUAAAUUGUACCCGCUAUGCUACACCACAACAACGCUUUCAACAAGCAAAAAAGCGGAGACUGUGCUACAACUGUCUAUCUCCUCAUCAUAGCACCAAAGAAUGCCCUUCAAAAUUUCAUUGCCGGCUUUGUUCGAGAAGACAUCACACAUCUCUAUGUUCAUCCUCGAGAAGUAAAUCUUCGACGACAAACACUUCCAAGACUACCGCUCAUCAUCUCCUCUCCCAUCCAUUUCACCCACGUCAACCCACUCCAUCUCGAUCCCAGAAUCAUGCUGUUCAUUUCGACAACAUCAUCCAAACCUCUUGUGCAGAUGAAGAGACGAAGGAAACCCAGGCAACCCCUACCUUCGACCGAAACCCACAGGACAUCACUCUCACAUCAUCUCAGAGAAAUUCACCAGCUCCUUUGAUGUGUACAGAAGUCAGAAUCUUUAAUCCUGAUAACCCCUCCCAUUCUCUCACUACAACGGCUUUUCUCGACUCCGGCUCAACCACCACCUAUAUUACCAACGAUCUUGCUGCAGUACUCGACUUACCCGCCAUCGAGACGGAAACACUCAACGUCGCAACUUUCGGCGAACCUAUAGAGAUAGAAUCUUCGACUUUCCGAUUAGGAAUUGAGACCGAAAACGGCAACAGAUGUUUCACGGUAAAAUCUUCCCCUUCGUUACCAAAUGAAGUGAUGCAAGUAACUCCCGGCUAUGAACCUUCUGUAACGACAUGCAGUCCAUCGUUACUGAUCGGAAACGAUUACUUUUGGGAUCUCGUACUAUCUCACAAUUUCUACUACAAAAGUCUUCCGGAAGGAUAUCGUCUCCUGCAUACUAGCAUUGGUGAUAUCAUUUUAAAAAGAGCAAUUGACACGAAAAUGAACGAAUGCAGCUUUGUUUCUAUUGACAGUGACAAUGACGACGCCGCAAAUCCCGCAAAUCACAAUGAUCUUUGUGAGCUUGUCAGUCGUUUCUGGAGACUAGAGUCGAUCGGAAUUUUGGACAACCCCGAUCAAAGUGAUGACGAAGAAUGCCUCAAACAUUUCAAUGACACCAUCUAUUACGACUCCACUGAGAAGAGAUAUGUUGUCACAUUACCGUUCAAAACGGAUCCCAGCACAAUUCCAGACAACCACGCCCUAGCCUUUUCGCGUUUAUGCAACCAAGUAAGAACUUUACAAGAAAACCCCACAUACCUAAGGAAGUAUCACGCCGUCAUAGAAGAUCAACUACAGCGGAACAUCAUUGAAGAAGUACCACUUAAAGAAAUUCACCAACCGUGUCAUUAUCUGUCCCACCACGGUGUUCUGAAAAAAGACGACAAGGACCUGAAGAUUCGUUGUGUUUACGAUGGUUCUGCGAAAAUGAAAGGACAGAUGAGUCUUAACGAAGCUCUACAUAGAAGCCCAGUUCUCCUUCCUGAUCUCGUCGGAAUCCUUCUCCGCACUAGACUGUGCAAAAUACUGAUAUCCAGUGAUAUCGAAAAAGCUUUUCUUAUGGUCGGUUUGAACCACAAAUCACGGGAUUACACCCGAUUUCUCUGGCUGAAAGAUCCACAUAGGCCUCCCACUCCAGCAAACUUGGUUACCUACCGAAUGUUGAUUGCUAUGCUGACUUUGCUGAUAAUAGCGGCUUACGCUUGCGACAUAAGCGUUGAUCUCACCGCUCAAACUGAUGGCCCCAUUUACGCUCAAUUCAAAUUCCACAAUGGAACCAAAAGCAAAAUAUAUCAACUCAAGAGAAAAGAUCACAAGAAAACAUUGCGCAUUAAGGACAAUGUUUGCAACCUUCAGCCGACAGUUUUAAAAACUUAUAAAAAACAUCCCGGUCCAGGCGUCAAGUCCAUUGGAAAGACGAGUGCUUUCCUUGAAGGUGCCGGUUCAGUUAAUUAUUUGGUGUACCGUGAUGCGGUUCCUCGUAUGGGGAUGAGAGUUGGUAUAGCAUGCGGAUUUGGCGAUUGCCGCUGAAGAGGUGGAUGAUAAAUGAAAUUUUCUGGCGGAACUCAUGUGAUUAUUCAUCAU